GACAUGAGGUGGAUACUGUUCUUUGUGACCCUUAUUGGGUCAAGCAUGUGUGGCCGAGAAAAAUUUUUUGGGGACCAAGUUUUUAGGAUUAAUGUCAGAAAUGGAGACGAGGUCAGCAAACUGACUCAACUAGUGAAUUCGGACAACUUUAAGCUCAACUUUUGGAGUUCUCCCUCUACCUUGGGCCGGCCUGUGGAUGUCCUGGUUCCGUCUAUCAGUCUACAGCCAGUCAAAUCCUUCCUGAAGUCCCAAGGCUUGGAGUACUCAGUGACAAUUGAUGACCUGCAGGCCCUUUUAGAUAAUGAAGAUGAAGAAAUGCAAUAUAACGAAGGGCAAGAGCGGAGCAAUAAUACCUUCAACUAUGGGGCUUACCAUACUCUGGAAGCUAUUUACCAAGAGAUGGACAACAUUGCCACAGAUUUCCCUGACCUGGCAAGCAGGGUGAAGAUUGGACAGUCAUUUGAAAACCGGCCGAUGUAUGUCCUGAAGUUCAGCACAGGAGGCGAGCAGCGACCGGCCAUUUGGCUCAAUGCAGGCAUCCAUUCCCGUGAGUGGAUCUCACAGGCCACUGCCAUCUGGACGGCGAGGAAGAUUGUGUCUGAUUAUGGGGAGGAUCCAGCUGUGACCUCCAUCUUGGAGAAAGUGGAUAUUUUCUUGUUGCCUGUGGCCAAUCCUGAUGGAUAUGUGUACACACACACUCAAAACCGAUUAUGGAGGAAGACACGGUCCCUGAAUCCUGGAAGCCGCUGUGUUGGCACUGAUCCAAAUCGAAACUGGAAUGCGAGUUUUGCAGGAGAGGGAGCCAGUGAUAACCCUUGCUCUGAAGUGUACCACGGCCCCCAUGCCAAUUCUGAAGUGGAGGUGAAAUCGGUGGUAGAUUUCAUUCAAAAGCAUGGAAAUUUCAGAUGCUUCAUCGACCUGCACAGCUACUCACAGCUGCUGAUGUAUCCCUAUGGAUACACUGUCAAGAAGGCCCCAGAUGCUGAGGAGCUGGACGACGUGGCGAGGCAUGCCGCUGCAGCUCUGGCUUCCCUUUCGGGCACUAAGUACCAAGUGGGCCCAACCUGCACCACCGUGUAUCCAGCUAGUGGGAGCAGCAUCGACUGGGCAUAUGACAAUGGCAUCAAGUAUGCAUUCACAUUUGAGUUGAGAGAUACAGGACAUUAUGGCUUCCUUCUUCCGGCCAACCAGAUCAUCCCCACCGCAGAGGAGACCUGGCUGGGGCUGAAGACCAUCAUGGAGCACGUGCGGGACAACCUCUACUAGACAAGGAGCCCCCUCUGUCUACAUUUAUUUGUCCCAUAAGCACACCAACUGAGGCCACUCUUAAAGAGCUCAUUCCUUCAUGCGUGAGUCAGAGCGCUCUGGCUUGGUAGAGAACACAGGCCAGCCCUCUGCAGCCCCGCUCCCUGGAAUUCACGCAUCCUGGCGGUGCACCUGUGAGAAGCACUUCCACGAACCUGCUGUGCAUGGGCCUGCUGUUUGGUUGAGCCUUUGGUGUACCUUCCUUCCACACUGCAGAUUGAUCAGGUCACACACAGGAUAGCAUAUCUCUACCUCAUUUUUAGAGCCAAAGAACAUCCCUAAACCAGGACCUGACUCUGGUGGGUGUCCCACAGGAGUGCUGCAGGAAAUAAUGCUUGUUUACAUAUAGCUUCCUUGAAUUUCUCUCACUCCUUCUAGAACAUUCUCUUCUUCUUCUUCUUCUUUAUUUUUGAGAUAAAGUUUUGCUAUGUUGCCUAGGCUGGCCUUAAGCUUCUAGGCACAAAUGAUUGUCCUGCCUUAGCCUCAUGAGUAACUGGGACUCACCACCAAGCCCAGCUUAGGAACGUAUCUUUCUUUGAGCAACAAAUCCUGUGGGUUUGACCCCUCCCCCUUAUUUGGCCAGAAUACAAAGCAGAGACUCUCUUCCCGUCACUAGGCUAAGAAUUUCCAGAUACUGCAGUUCUUAUCACUUUCUUCCCUUUAUUACUCAGUGUAACUGGGAUCCCAGAAGGGGAUCAGUGUCACUGUAGGUGCCACUCACCCAGGAUUAUGGAUAAAGUGGCAGACUAAAUUGCAGGAUUGCUCAAUUAUCCCCAUCUGUCCUAACGGACUCAUCUCCACUUUGCCUUUUGAACUUACUUCAAAGAUCUUGCCCUCAGCCCUCACGUCCUAAAUCAUUCCUCUGGUCUGGAUCAUCUCACGGCCUCAGUGUAUUCCUGUUUGUGCUCUGGUGUACCCUGUGUUUCUUUCUCCUGUUUUCUUUUACUUUGAGGCUUUAAAGUUGCCUUCUUCUGUUGUGGAUGCUAGACCACAAGUACCUACGUGGAACAAGAAUUUAUCAGUCAGAUGCCUCUUGUUCCAUCUCCUCAGCACGUACCAUCUGUCCUUUUUUUUGUUUUGUUUUGUUUAUGUUUUUGCUAUUUUCAAACAUGUCUGUAAAUCUCAACCUUCUGCCUAGGAUUUGUGCAGCAUCUGGUGUGUGCUCAUAAGCCAAUAAAUAUUCAA